AUGUCACCAAACACUGCCACCAACACAGAAAUGUCGCAACCAACUACCAACAACUCUCAAGACCGCAAGCCCACAGGCAUGCUCGACCUCCCACCUGAGCUCCGCCUCCUCAUCUACUCACACCUCCUCACAAGCAACAAACCCAUUGAACUCUGGCCAACAAAGCGCCUCCUCGCCUCCACGACUACCAAACCCUCCACCCGAACCACAACUCGCAUCAUUCGCCGUCCUAACCCUUCCAACCCCAAGAUCCACCCAGAGAUCCUCCUCGCAUGCAGACUCAUCAACGAGGAAGCAUCAUCAGUCCUCUAUGGCAGCAACACCUUCAAGAGUCUCGGCGCCAACAUCCCGCGCUUCAUCACGCAGAUUGGCUCAAACACGGAGUCCCUUCGACAUCUCGAGUUGAGGGACGUCCAGAAUUGGAUCGAGAUCACGCAGGAUUUCACUGCAUUGGAGCAUGCCACAGGAUUGACGAGCCUUGUGAUUCGAUACCACCCGGCGACCUGGGGAACUGACGGACAGAUUCUCAUCAGGGCGUUGAUGCGGCUCAUGCGAUCGUGGGCACAGAAUCGCGGUGCCACUGCCGAUGCGAAGUGCUUGGAGAAUCUCGUGAAGAUCGUUGAGGUCUUGCCGAAGGAACAGCAGGUUAUGCUGUUUGGCAGGAGCAGGAGAGCCGGAUGGAAACUCGAGACGCCGAAUAUGGAGCGCGCGAAGAAGGUCGAGGAGAAGGUUAGGAAGGCGAUUCUGGAGGAGCUCUUGAAGGAGAGUGCUUCUGAAUAG